CUGAUGCCUGUGUUGUAGGGGAGGUGUAACUUGUCAAAGGUUUGUCGAUGGACAUAGUAAGAGGAUCUACUGGAUCAAAGCAUGAUCUUCUGGACAUGCAACAUUUUCAAACGUGGUUUAAAAAUUAAUUGCAUUUCAUCAAAAGCGCUUUUAAGGAGCACAGAAGGCAAACCCACGACUGGACCAGGCUGCGACUUGAUACCACUGGCGAGGUCUGCCACAUGAUGCUCAUCUUCCCGCAUGGCACUGAUGAGCAUCGGGGGCCUUCUCUGUCAUCCGAGGCCAGAAGUAGCCUCCUCCAGUGCUGGUUGGUGGUCGUCUCCUCCUGCUAGUGGGUGCACCUCCUCCACUCCACUCCUCCUCUCCCUCUCCGCUCCCUCUCCCUCUCCUUCUCCUCUGAGCCGUCAUGGCUCAUAGGAAGGAGCCGCCCUUCUUCAACAAUGACCACCUGAGCACCGUGCCUUACAAGCUGGCCUUCUACGAGACCAUGGAGCUCUUCAUCGAGACGCUGACCGGCACCUGCUUCGAGCUGCGCGUCUCGCCCUUCGAGACGGUCAUAUCCGUGAAGGCAAAGAUUCAAAGGCUUGAAGGUAUCCCAGUUGCUCAGCAACAUUUGAUCUGGAACAGUCUGGAGCUGGAGGAUGAGUACUGCUUGCAUGACUAUAACAUCGCGGAAGGCUGCACUCUGAAGUUGGUUCUUGCCAUGAGAGGAGGCCCCAUCAACACGAGAAGAGUGACUGUGGAUAACCCAUUGAAGGAAAUGGCUGAAUAUAUGGAAGCGAGCCAGGAGGAGGUUUGGGAAAAGGCCGUGCCCAACAAGCAGGUCACCUUCCUGGUGUAUCGGGAGGGCGACCAGCUGAACUUCUUCCGGGUGGUGGAUCGGGGAGACGGCACGCUCACACCCGUGUCCGAGUCCUUAAGUGGUGGCUCUGUGUACAAUGUGUAUGCUGAGGAAGAUGAGGAGGCCGAGGGCAUAGCCAUGGGGCAGCAGGCUCUGGAGAACUCCAUCACCAUGACCAAGAUGAAGCUCCUGAAGGCCAAGAUGGAGAACAUGAACCUCAGCAAGAAGCCUAAGAAGAGUGCUAAGCUGAAACCCAGACCUCCUGUUGGGCCCCGAGCCUGCAGCAGCAGCAGCAGUAGCACCCUGAUGGCCCCUGGUCGUCACCACCAUCACCACCGCCUGCUCAGGGUCCAUCCUCCACAAGGUGGCCAAUUGCACGCCCACGCCCACACCACCACAACGCAUCUACCUCCAAUCGAAAUCCAGCAGCAGCAGCAGCAACUCUCCGACCCCGCAGCAGGCUGCUCCAGCCACACUGCCUUGUCCUCCUCCCGCCUCCUCGACCGUGCCUCAGCCAGCCAGGCGGCGCCGCCCCUGCCCCCGCCCCUCUUCCACCACAGCUACGCGCUACCGGCCGGCGGAGACAAGCCGUGGGAAUACCCCGUCAGUAAAAAACUCCGGCCCCCUCCCAAAGUGUCUCGGCUGGAGGUGGCUGGGGGAUCCAGGCUGUUGACGACGGGCUGCGUGUAUCCUCCCCCGCUGUCCGUGUGCGCCAGCGGUAGAGGCAGCAAAGCACAGCCGGAACAUGGCCACCCCAUGGACGCCUCGGAGCUCAGCAGUGGCGCUGGCACGGCCUCCAGACUCCUGACCGAUUCGGCGGCUGCUCUGCCCGAGAAGGCGAAGCUUCUCCCCCUGAGCGAGCUGCUCCAUGAGCCCCUCAGCCUGGAGCUUCCAGGGCACAAGGAGGGUGGCGCAGCUAUGGUGGACACUCUUGGGGCUGUGGCAGCCGAGCACCUCCCCAGCACCACCACCACCGCCCCUUUACUCUCCCAGGCCAUGGGCCCCAGCUCCAGCUCCGUAGGUGCUAGCUGGGCAAUCGGGACCGAGCAGGUGACGUCCAACGGGGGGCGGUUGGGUUCGCUGCACCUAGCUACAGAGCCAGCGCCUUCCUCCUUCUCCUCUUCUUCCUCUGGAUCCUCGUCCUCGGCAUCGUCCUCCUCUGGCUCGUCCUCCUCCUGCUCCCCGUCCAGCCAGCGCCUCCUCCAGCCUUUCGAGUUCACUGGAGCCUCUCCUCUCCAGCGCUCCAGCCCCCCGCACUGUCGGCUGGCUCCAGAUGACCGCAGUCCCCUGGGCUUGGGCUUGCCCGUGCCCCUGCCGGUGGCCCAUGCCCCCUCCACCACCACCGCCACUGCCCAUGGCAAGCGGCCCGGCGGGCUGUCCCGCAGCGAGGCCAGAGACAUCACCAAGAUGGCCAACAAGGCCGCUAAGGAGCCAAUGGGCUCUCUGAGCAGUGCCGAGCUGCUGGCCUCUCUGGCGCGCCAGGGAGGAGGAGGAGGAGGAGGAGUAGGGGCCGGCAGGGAGGCUCCCUCGGGGCCAGGAGGGCUGCUGCCGCCACCGCCACUGCCGCCGCCGCCGGGCUCUGGGUGUCCCCGCAUGCUGGAGCGUCUGGAGCGCAUCUGCAGCCCUGACCCCCUGCUGCAGGCGCGACUGCAGGCCAGUCUCCAGGAGCUGCACCAGGACCUGCUGAGACGCAUCUGCCCCAUGCAGCAGCUGCAGCAGCACCGCGCGGCCACGCACGCGCACGCACACGUCUCCUCCCUACAGUCACCUAACAGCUUGAGUGCGUCAGGACCCUCGAGCACCAUUCGAAGAUUAGGCACUCCAACAUAUCACCUCCCGCCGGUAAAGCCCCCGCUGAGCUCUAAGAAGAAAGGCUCAAAGCACUGUUUCUUCUGUGGCAAGAAGACGGGCCUAGCCACCAGCUACGAGUGCAGGUGUGGCAACAACUUUUGUGCCUCGCACCGUUACGCAGAAGUUCACAACUGCUCGUACGACUAUAAGACUGCUGGCCGCCGUUUGCUGCAGGAUACCAACCCCAUCGUCAGCGCCCCGAAGCUACCCAAGAUCUAAGCCGACAGUGAGAGUCGUGCACACUACUUUUCAUGGGUUGCCCACAAAACAAAAGGGAGAGAAACAAUACAAAAAAGAUAUACAGAGUAAUGAAUCAUUUCAAAAGAAAAUACAAAGAACAUGAACUUUA